CUAAGGUGAAGUCAAAACGUUAUCGACGAGAAAAUUGAAGAGAAGUUGGAUUCAUGGGCUAUCUGAACUCGGUGUUGUCUGAAUCUACUAGCGAUCUCCACGUCGAUGUUGCUCCAGCAAGCGGAGGUGGCCUAAGGUAUCGAACUACUUGCAGUCAGGAUGGAAAGUUCUGCUAUGGAUAUGCCAGCUCUCCAGGUAAAAGGUCUUCAAUGGAGGAUUUCUACGAGACAAGGAUUGAUGGUGUAGAUGGAGAGUUGGUUGGUCUCUUCGGGGUAUUUGAUGGUCAUGGAGGAGCUCGAGCUGCAGAAUAUGUCAAACAAAAUCUCUUCAGUAAUCUACUCAGGCACCCCAAGUUUAUAUCUGAUACCAAAUCAGCUAUAGCUGAAACCUACAGCCUUACAGACUCAGAAUUCCUGAAGUCUGAAAAAAAUCAGAACAGGGAUGCAGGUUCUACUGCUUCUACUGCUAUCCUUGUUGGUGAUCGUUUGUUGGUCGCAAAUGUGGGAGAUUCAAGAGCAGUAAUUUGCAGGGGUGGCAAAGCAUUUGCUGUUUCUCGAGAUCACAAACCAGACCAAACAGACGAGAGACAACGGAUUGAAGAUGCUGGAGGCUUUGUAAUGUGGGCAGGAACUUGGAGGGUUGGAGGGGUUCUUGCUGUAUCCCGUGCCUUUGGCGAUAGACUGCUGAAGCAAUUUGUGGUUGCAGAUCCAGAAAUACAGGAGGAAAAAGUUGAUGAAACCCUUGAGUUUCUCAUCCUUGCUAGCGACGGACUUUGGGACGUUGUCACGAAUGAGGAAGCUGUCUGUAUGACUAGAUCAAUCCAAGACCCAGAAGUAGCAGCAAAAAGGCUGAUGCAGGAAGCAAAUCAGAGGGGCAGUGGCGACAACAUCACAAUUGUUAUCGUUCGGUUUCUGGCUAACCAACCAGAAUCCUCUCGCAGCACCUCGGCUUAAAAAGAACACCCAUCAUAUCAGGUUUUUGUUUCGACAAACUCGAUUAGAACAUCACUGGAAAGGGAAAGGGUGCUUCGCUGAAGUGUACACAAAUAGAUAGGCAAACGCUAUGACAUUAUGCUUAAGCAUGAGUACUCUUUAUAACAAACACAUUACCUCUCUUAAAUGGAUGGAUAUUUAUGCCAAAUGUA